UUUCCGCCAACACCACUGCAAAACCAGCUCCCCAUCCCUUCCCUCUCUCGUGCGCUGCUGCCCCCUUUCACACCGGAGCAGAGGACGCGACUAGCCGAUCGACCGCCGCACCCAUCUCCUCUGCCGAUUCUCUCUGGUAUCCUAUGGCGGCAGCUCGUGUAGGCCUCGCCGUCUUCGGCGCGCUCCUCGCCCUCGCCGGCGCCCCCGCGCGGGCGUCGAACGAGGAGGGCGACGCGCUCUACGCGCUGCGGCAGCGGCUGUCGGACCCCAACGGCGUGCUGCAGAGCUGGGACCCCACUCUCGUCAACCCAUGCACCUGGUUCCACGUCACCUGUGACCAGGCCAGCCGCGUCGUCCGCCUGGAUUUAGGCAACUCCAACGUCUCCGGCUCCAUCGGUCCUGAGCUCGGCCGUCUUGUGAACCUGAAAUACCUGGAGCUGUACAGGAACAAUCUCGAUGGCAAGAUCCCAAAAGAAUUGGGCAACCUAAAGAAUUUGAUCAGCUUGGAUUUGUAUGCCAACAAGCUCACUGGAGGAAUCCCCAAGUCACUUUCCAAGCUGAACUCACUCAGAUUCAUGCGCUUGAACAACAAUAAGCUUACAGGAUCCAUUCCAAGGGAGUUUGCCAAACUCUCCAACCUGAAAGUCAUUGACUUGUCUAACAAUGACCUCUGUGGAACUAUUCCUGUUGACGGUCCUUUCUCAACCUUCCCUCUUCGAAGCUUUGAGAACAACAGCAGGCUCAACGGUCCAGAGCUGCAAGGAUUGGUUCCUUAUGACUUUGGAUGUUAGAAGCUCCUGUUCAUGGUAUUACACAACAGCGUACCCCGUCCCUAGUGGAAGGGAAACCAGGAUAAUAGUACAAAUAGAAACCUAUCGUGGAUAAUGUCGUGAGUUAUUUAUAUAUGCAGCAGAAGAACUGAAGAUGGUGCGAUAGCAGGUCCUGUGAUAUUUAUUCAGACAGCAUAAAGAUAGAAUGUAUUCAGACAAGUUUUGCCUGGCUGAUACAGUUAUUAUGUCAUGGUCAAUUGUGUGCACCCAGAGGCUUCUUGGUACACUUUGGAAAAGGGGGUACAGAGGCUGUUUAUGAAUAAAUUUGAGCCGACAAAAAUAUAUACAUUUCA